GACAUUUGACUAAUACUACCAGAUCAUUCGAGGCAUCCAAGAACUUGCAAGAGCAGUCAAUGGCUUCAAGUGGGACUCGUAUUGGUCUAGUCCUGCUCCUUGUAGCCAUAACAUGUGGUGGAGCCAUGGCUCAAUCAAGCUGCACUAAUACUCUCAUGAGCCUGGCCCCAUGCCUGAACUACAUUACAGGAAAUUCAACGAGUCCAUCAUCUUCCUGUUGCUCACAGCUAGGCAAUGUUGUCCAAACAUCACCACAAUGCCUUUGCUUACUACUCAAUAAUAGCGGUGCCUCUUUAGGCAUCAACGUAAACCAGACUCUUGCUCUGAAUCUCCCCGGCUCUUGUAAAGUGCAAACUCCACCGAUCAGCCAGUGCAAUGCUGCCACUGCACCCACGGCUUCAGCAACUCCGCCAGUAAGCUCACCAGCCAGUUCACCUGCGGAUUCAUCUGAUCAGACACCCGAGCCAGCUCUUACUCCAUCAGCAUCAAACAUUCCUUCAGCUUCAGGAACUGGAACUGGCUCUAAAACAGUCCCAUCAUCAACUGGAACAUCUGAUGGAAGUAUUGUCAAAACACCCCUUCAUUUUGUGCUCUUCGUUCUCUUUGUGGCAUGGAGUGGUUCAACUGUUACCAAAUUCUGAGUCCCAAAAGUGGUUUGUGGAAUUAUACUUUGAAAGUUGCCAGAGUGAUUUGUGCCCUUAAUUUUGCAUCAUUGAUUAUGAUUACCGGAUCCUAUUUAUUUUUGUACAAUUCUGUUAAAGAUGAUUCUUGUCAUCACCUGGACAGUGUGAUUGUAUUAUUUGUUUGGUUUGCUUAAUGAAUAAUGAAAGCCGUACUGGUUCCUUC